AUGUUCACUGAAUGGGACAAGCUUCAAAACUUCUAUGAAGGACUCACUUUGAAGGCUCAAGAAGCACUGGAUUACUCAGCUGGAGGCUCUUUGCAACUCAUGAAAACUGCAGAAGAGGCCCAAAACUUCAUUGACAUGCUCAAAGAGAAGGACAGCCAGCCACACAAUUCAAGGGGAGAAAAGGAGGAACAAACCCAAGGACAGCAGCAAGCAGAGAAGAGCUUUACACCUCCACUGCCAUAUCCCCAAAGAUUCAACAAAGAAGCAAAGGAUCAAUACUUUCAUAAGUUCCUUGAGACUUUCAAGAAGUUGGAGAUAAACAUUCCACUGGCUGAGGCACUAGAGCAGAUGCCUUUAUAUGCAAAAUUCUUGAAGGAUCUCAUUAACAAGAAGAGAAGUUGGCACGAGAAAGAAACUAUAAUGCUCACUGAAGAAUGCAGGGCAUUAAUUCAAAAAGGGCUUACACCCAAACUUGAAGAUCCUAGAAGUUUCCUUCUACCUUGUACCAUCGGCAGUAUGAUCAUCAACAAGGCAAUGCGUGACUUAGGGGCUAGUAUCAAUCUGAUGCCCUCAUCUCUGGUGAGAAAACUGUGCAUAGAGGAAGUGAAGCCAAUACAAAUGUCUCUGGAACUGGUGGAUAA